AUGGUGAAUAUAAAUUGUGCAAUUAGUCAUAAUAGUAGUAAUGAUAAUAUUAAUAAUAGUAAUAAUAAUAAUAAUAAUAAUAAUGGUCUUAUCAAUAAUAAGGAUGAAAAAAUGAGGCAAUCUGUGAUAACACGAAUACUGAUGAAAAACAGUAUGAUUAAACAAACAAUUGUUCAGGUGGAAGUAGUCGAUAAAGGCUAG